AUGCUUUCUAAAUUUGAUAGUGUCGAUUCAAUAGUUCAUUAUUUACGAGAAUCUACUUUAUCAUCAUCAACAAUUGAUUCAACAACAAUGAAUUCUCAUGUGAACAAUAAUAAAUCAAAACCAUCAAAAGAACAACGAAAAGAAAAAAAUCUAACAAAUCCGAUCAACCCUAUACCUUCUGCUCCUAUUAUUUCACAACCCCAAUUAGAAGCAGAUAUACAAAUCUUAUCAAAAGGUCGUGUGAGAUAUGGACCGAUAACAGUUAAUCCACGUAAACAGGCAUCAAAGACAUUGUAUACCGGUCGUCGUUCAAAAUAUGAAGUUUUAUCAGGUGAUGAAGAGGAAAAACGUCGUGAUCGUCGUGAACGUAAUCGUGUAGCAGCGACAAAGUGCCGUGAAAAACGUGAACAUGUUUUGAAUAAUCUUGAAAAUCAAUAUACAAAAGAAUUAAAUACUCAUCAACGUCUUUUUCAAAUGGUCGAAACAUUAAAACAACAAAAAAGUGAUCUUGAGGCAUUUAUAACAAAUCAUUUCAACGAAUGUUUAUUAAUGAAUAAUUUAUCAUCACCAUCACAAUCAUCAAUGAUCUUUGGUGAUACAGCAUUUCUCUCAACAAUUAUUGAUACUGCACCACCGCCACCACUUCCAUCCUCUCAACCAACAGUUUUUUAUAAUGAUGACGAAGAAUUGAGUCAUAUUCUUGAUCCCGAGCCAAUAUUAACAAACACAGCUUACAAUACUGAUGACUCAAACUCAAUAUUAAUGCCACCACAACAAGAAUUACAGAAUAUAACAAUGACAAGUGGUAGUAUUGAACGACUCAUAAAUAAUUUACAAACGCCAACAAUAUCAAUGGAGAAUACUAGUAAUCAUUCAAUGUUAUUUAAUUCAGCUAUUGGUUCAUCAUGUGCUAAACAACAUUCUAAUUCAAGUGAAGAUGAUUCAUUACCACCAACACGUACAAAUCCUUAUGUUUGUUAA